CGUCCUCGUGGACUCGUGUGUGCUGAGUCAGUCAUUUAUGAGUACCAAACAACACACAAAAAACCAAUCCGCCUUCUGCCAAAUCCUCUUCUGCUCCUCCUCUCCUCUCCUUCUCCUCUUCUUCUCGAAGCAGAAGCAGCAAUUCGCGCGAGAUUUCUCCGAUCAAACCCUCGAAUCCCCCCGCCUCCCUCCUCUCCGCCACCGCGCGAAUCUCCCACCCACCGGCCGCGAUCCCGCGUGCGGCGGAUUCCGCUAUGGACCGCGUGUUCUCCGUGGAGGAGAUCUCCGACACGUACUGGGUCCCACAGCCGUCGUCGGCGGCGGCCCAGCAGCAGGAGGGCGGCAGUGCGGCGGCGGCGUCGGGAGGGGCGGGAGUUGCUGGGGCGGGGAGCGGCGGCGGCGGGAACGCGAUGAACCGGUGCCCCUCGGAGUGGUACUUCCAGAAGUUUCUGGAGGAGGCGGUGCUCGAUAGCCCCGUUGAGAACCCUAGCCCGGGGCCCGGCGCGGGGGUGGUGAGCGGCGCCGGAGGGGUGGUGCCGGUUGAUGUGAAGCAGCCGCAGAUGGCGGCUGCGGCGACGGGUGCGGUGGUUGACCCCAUGGAGUACAACGCCAUUCUGAAGCAGAAGCUGGAGAAGGACCUCGCCGCGGUCUCCGCCAUGUGGAGGGCCUCCGGUGCAAUGCCUCCUGAUCGUUCUGCAGCUGGUCCAUCCUUGCCAAGUGCUGAGGUUUCACAAAUAGGCGCUCCUAAUUCCAUUGGAGGCAAUGUUAUUCCAGUUCAAAACAAGCUAAGUGGCCCAAGUGGGGGAUCGGGUUCACAGUUGGUGCAGAAUGUCGAUGUCCUUAUAAAGCAACCCACCAGCUCUUCAUCAAGGGAGCAAUCAGACGAUGAUGAUAUGGAGGGAGAAGCUGAGACCACUGGAAGUGCAAACCCUUCUGACCAAAGAUUACAACGAAGGAAACAAUCUAAUCGGGAAUCAGCCAGGCGUUCGAGAAGCAGAAAGGCUGCUCACUUGAAUGAGCUUGAGGCACAGGUAGCGCAAUUAAGAGUUGAAAACUCCUCAUUACUAAGGCGUCUUGCUGAUGUUAACCAGAAGUACAAUGAUGCUGCUGUUGACAAUAGAGUACUAAAAGCAGAUGUUGAAACCUUGAGAGCAAAGGUGAAGAUGGCAGAGGACUCAGUGAAGCGAGUGACAGGCAUGAACGCGUUGUUUCCUGCCGCUUCGGACGUGUCAUCCCUCAGCAUGCCAUUCAACGGCUCGUCGUCUGAGGCAACGUCUGAUGCUGCUGUGCCCAUCCAAGAUGACCCCAACAACUACUUCGCUGCGAACAACGAUGUCGCAGGCAACAACUACAUGCCUGAUAUAACUUCGUCGGCUCAAGACGAUGAGGACUUCGUCAAUGGCGCUCUGGCUGCCGGCAAGAUUGGCCGGACAGCCUCACUGCAGCGGGUGGCGAGCCUGGAGCAUCUCCAGAAGAGGAUGUGCGGCGGGCCGGCUUCGUCCGGGUCGACGUCCUGAGACCGAGAGGCUCGGAAA